AUGGGUUAUGGCGCAAUAGCCAGGUUGUCAGCUCUGUCACCUAACUAUGUAUGUUACUGCAAUAUAAGAAGUGAGAGCAAGAUACUUCAGAAGAAGAUAUGUGACAAACUGCUAGGCAACAACAUGAAGUUCAGCAAUUAUCUUCUCGCUACCGGUGCGUGCCUCGAGUACCUGGUUCCGCUUGCGAAAGCGACGAACGUUUCAAUCUCUUACAACAGUGCUGCUCAAGACGCCACAGCAUUCGCAAUCCAGUAUGCAUAUCCCAUUUCUCAAUGGCAAAAAGCUGUGAGGAAUAUUCUCGAUGCCGUCAAGACACCAAAUACUCUAUGGCCAUACCAUUCGCUUUCCGGACCCCGAAAUCGCACUAUAGUUGGGCCAAAUGCAGACACGUUAUACAUCUGGGCCGCCAUCGACUUGUCACAUGAAGACCUUGUCUUGACAAUUCCCAACAUUAGUGAUGGAAGGAACUGGAUAUGGCCUUUCUACGACCUCUUUGGCAACAAUUUUGCAGGAAUUUCAAUCAACACGAACUCUCCUCCGGGAGACUAUCUGAUCAGACGUGCAGACGAUGCUCUUGUCCAACCCGGAAUCAGAUACACUACUCCAGCUGAACUAUCAGCCUACAAAGGCGUAAUCUCUUAUGCCACGACCUAUGGUAUCCUGCUCGGUCGUAUUCUUGUACGCCAAAAUACUACAAGCGAUAUUACGACCAUACGCAAUUAUCAGGACCAAACCUUCCUCAAAACAGUUCCUCGUAUACUAUCUCAGCCGUUUGCAGCACAAGCACCUCGUUUAUCACGUGAGCUCAUUGACACUUCGAACGCACCAAACAGAGUCAUAGGCUAUUUGGACCUGCUGGCCAAGAUUGGACAGUCCAUCCAACCCGAUGUAUAUGCGGACCGACGGAGUCUAUACCCCACCGCCUGGCGUCAAUCUAACCGCUGCCACGCAGCAAACGCAAGCAUCUCCGCGGCUUAUUAUCGAAACCUACUUGAUGUUGGCAACAAUUGGGUAAUCCCCAAAGUGAUAUGCCAAGGCAUCUUCGGCAUUGAAUACGGUUGUCGUGCGUAUCGCGCACUCCACGGUUAUCUGGGCUUAGUACAAUCCGAGAACCUCUUUAUCACGAACAAAUCGGAUAAUGUGACUUUGGGUGAGAAUUCGACAUUUCUCUUUACCUUCUUUGGCAAACCCCCAAUCAAGUCAACCGGGUUCUGGAGUUUGACUGUGUAUGGUGCGGAUCAGUAUCUGGUACCCAACGAGCUGGGAAGAUACGUCAUUGGAGACCGCAGCACACAGUUGAAAUUUGAAAGUGGAGGUUUGGUGUAUGGAAAUGAUUCCAACGCUGGGAAAGGAACGGAGGAUGGCAGAUUUCAGGUCCUGCUGCAGCCUGCUAAUAUUCGCCCGCCUGAUAGUUGGACUAGUAAAUAUUAUGUAGUUCUACGAGUAAAAGAAAUACAUGACGCCACUAGUCCAUUGACUGCGCCUCCUAAAAUAGUCCCUUACUUACCACGAAGUUAUUCGAACUUUGUCGUAUCACUAAGAGGGGCUCUUUUUAGAAAUAGAGUACCUACCACUUCUUGCUCAAGGCGGGCAAGAAUUACCGAUGCACCUAUCGAAGUAAACGCCAGACCCCUCGAAUAUCCCAAGUUCAACGCGUUCCCCCAUGGCGGACAGGUUGCAAAGCAAGACUGCAGGAUGCCAGAAGAUGUAUUGAGUGAAGGAGAGAAGUGCGGAAGGAAAAUGCCGGCAUUGAGGGAGAUGGUAAAAAGGGCGUCUGAGCUUGGGUAG